AAUCCUCCGGGUGGCCCAGCGGGGGCGGACGGGAUCUCCCAGCCGGAGACGAGCCCCCUUCUGCUGGACAUCAGCCCUGAUGCCUGUGAUGCCGACGCAUUGGGACCGCCUUCCAGUCAUGUGAACCAGGAGAACUACUCCAAGCCUGUAAGAAAUGCCUCUGAAUCCAAGACAGCUUCUAAUCAUGUGACCAAGGAGGAUCGCUGCCAGCCGAUACGAACUCAACCUCACACCAAUAAAAGCCCAAUCGGAGCACCGGUGCACCGCACCGCCAUCUACCCGGGUGUCAGUAACGCGGGCACCACCUGGAAAUGCACUUGCGGCAAUGUCGGGAGAACGACGCCAGCUUCGGCCGCACCGGCGACCCAGCAGCCGUCCACGCCGGUUUCGCAGAAGGUGCAGCGAAAGUUGAGGUCCAGCUUGUCCAUGGACAGCGACAGCAGCCGACGCAGCAAGGGAAGCUCCAUGGGGUCGCAGAAACCGCCUUUACCUGAAGGGGGUCCGGUCCGAUCCGGUGGCCAUGUACUGCUCGCCUGUGUAUCGGCUGGGGACAUCUCUGCGCUGCUGAUCCGCCUCCGCUUGGGAUGGUUUCCUGCUGGCUCCGCUGUG